CCGGUCACACUAGAUUUCAUAAUUUUCGACCAGGCAAAAAGUGCAAAGAAAUUUGUAUUCACUUUGAAACGUAAAUAAUGUCGGCUUCUGAGCAGGAACCUAAGAUCAAGUACGGAGAAAACGCACCAAAAUUGGACAGGGCUCAGCUGCAGUUCAUGAAACUGAUCGAGGAGCAGAACCUGGACCGCGUGCAGAAGUUGAAGCGUGUGCGCCGCAACAAUUUAUUGACUGCCGGCGCCCUGGGACUUUCCGUUGUCGCCAUCUACGGCUACUCCAUAUUCUCGGUGCAGCAGGAGAAAUUCCUGGACGACUUUGAGGAGCCCAAGAAGGUCAACACCAACUAAAAGUCGCCCCCCCAAACACUGUUAAUUAUUUAGUCCGUAAGCGUUUUGUUUCAUUUUACCAACACACAAUAACACACACACACAGACACUGGGAGAAACCGUUGAAAUCGUUGCACAACAAU